CCUUGUCCGCUCUUCCGCCCUGCGUGCUUUAGGCCAGGGGUCUCCAACCUUGGCAACUUUAAGACUUGUGGACUUCAACUCCCAGAAUUCCUCAGCCAGCAUUCUGGGAGUUGAAGUCCACAAGUCUUAAAGUUGCCAAGGUUGGAGGCCGCUGCUUUAGGCGGUAGGUACAAUUGCCGCGGUCGGUGGUCACGUGCCGUUCGUGUUCGUGGUUGUGGCUUUGCUGCCAGGUUGCAUCUCUGCUGCAGCUUCGUGUCAUUGCCCCUUGAGUGGAACGCUGCGUUUGGAGAACGCGAUUCUCGGGCGGCGAGAAUCACGAGUUUGAGUGUUACAUUGUAGGCUAACAAGAUGCAAAAGCACUGUUGGCCAUAGCAUGGGCGAAAAGCACACCUGGGCUCGAAAAGCUCGCCUUGAAUUUCAAUUCCAGGACUGACAACAAAGAAGAUGUCAAAGGUUUGUGCCAUUUUUGGAGGUUCUCGGGGAAUUGGUCAGGCUGUCGCACAGCACCUAGCACAGAAAGGAUAUUGCCUGGCUGUUAUAGCAAGAAAUCUGGACAGGGCUCAAGCUACUGUGGAUAGAUUAGGAGGUCAUCUUGCACUGAGUUGUGAUGUCACCAAAGAAGAAGCCAUCCAAAAAACAUUUAAAGAAAUAGAGAACAAAUUAGGUCAUAUACGCUAUCUGGUUAAUGCUGCAGGUAUCAACAGGGAUGGACUACUAUUGCGAACCAAGUCUGAAGAUAUGAUAUCCCAGCUUCACACCAAUCUUUUGGGAACUAUGUUGACAUGUAAAGCUGCUGUAAAGAGUAUGAUUCAACAGAAGGGUGGUGCUAUUGUUAAUGUUGGAAGUAUUGUUGGAUUAAAAGGCAAUGCAGGUCAAAGUGUAUAUAGUGCUAGCAAAGCAGGAUUAGUUGGAUUUUCACGCUCUUUUGCUAAAGAAGUAGCACCAAAGAACAUUCAAGUCAACAUGGUUGCUCCAGGCUUCAUUCAUACAGAGAUGACAGCCCAUUUGAAAGAAGAAGAGUUGAAAAAAACAAUUCCUCUUGGAAGAUUUGGGGAGCCACAGGAAGUUGCCCAAAGUAUUGCAUUCCUUUUAGAAACUCCUUAUGUAACAGGCCUUGUUUUGGUUGUAGAUGGAGGCUUGCAGCUUCUGAUUUAAACACUAUGAAUUGUACAUGAAAAAGUUAUUCAGUAACUCUAAAAAUCCCCAAAGAGAUCUAAGCAAUAUCCUUGUUAUUAUAUUUUAGCUCAAAUUAAAAGAAAGAAAACAUAACAAGAUUCCAUUUUAGUUGUGUUUGAAAAUAUAAGAGGGGAUUAAAAUAAAUAUAUUCUAAAAUCUA